CUCGACUCUCAGAGGAGCCGUGGAAGCGAAAUAGAAGCAGAAAGAGGAGCUGCAGGAUCAACAGGCAGCACAGCAAUGCGCGUCUCUCUGCCACAAACUCCAAGUGCGUAAGAAAUGGGGCUGACUUUUCUCAUUGUCUGACCAAGAGGACUCACUGUCAUGUGGAUUUUCUUCAGGCAGCCUCUGCUGGUGAAAUACUAAACAUGGCAGGUCUCAAGCACAGAGCCGAGUGGAGCUGUGUGAGGAGGAUUAUCAAGAUUCAGAAAUGAAGAAUUGUUCUGCCUGAUAGAGGGGAAACUCCAACAAUCAUGAAUCCAGAAUCUCUGGACCUGUCCAUUCAGAGUGCCCUGUCGGCCCUCUUCCCACCUUUUGAGGCCACGGCACCCAUCGUCCUCAGCCAGUUAUUUCGGACCAUCGAUGAACGUUACCACGGCGACGCUCUACAAUGCCUGUUGGACUUUCUUAUUCCCACCAAACACCUGCUGGAGUCUGUCCAGCAAGCUGCAUGUUCAGGAUACUCUGAUGUGGUUUUCCGCUGUGAGGGCUGGCCUCUUUGUCUCCGUGACAAAACUGUCAUCCAGUUAGCGUCUGUGAACCCUUUGCUGUUGCGUCCUGGAGACUUCUAUCUCCAGGUGGAACCUUUUGGUGACCAAGCGGCACGGAUUGUCCUGAAAAGCCUCCUGGAGGAGGGACAUCGAGAAGUUGAGGAAACCCCUAUUCCUGAGACUUCCUACCCAUGCCUCUUCACCGAGGAGUGGCUGCGGGAUAUCAACGAAGGACGCCACGGGACUAGUCUGUCUCGCUGUUUACUUUGCACAGACCAAGGUGUAAUCAAGCUGCCGUGGGCUAAGAUAGCGAUCCCUGAGUUUUUAGACAAGCCUAAGAAUAUGUCCACCUGUGGGGAAGCAGUACCCCAGACCAGGAAGGUCACAGCUUCUUCCCACUUUAACUCGUCUACCCUCCCAGUGGAGGCGGUCAUUCCUCCGCAGGACGACAGGAUGUCAGCAUCUCUGAAACCUGCACGCGCAUCCUCAAAACUCAUCAAAAUGGAUCGUGAGGGGCCAUCCUCCAGAUCAGGUUCCAAACCACUAAGCAAACCUGUGGGUUGGGUUUCUCCUAACACCUGGGAGAGUCUUACCUACCAAGAGAUGGAGGGGGAUUAUGUAGACCUGGUGGAUAUCGCUAAAGGGAAGGAGUGUGGGGAUAAACAAAUCCAACCUAAUUUAGUUUUGCCCAGACCUGUGAGACCGCCCCCACCCAUCCCACCUGGAAAUAGCGCUCCCUGUGGACAAACACUUCAAUAUGCAGGGAAACCAUGUAAACCAUGCAGCCAAAGACUGCUGGAUCAGGAGAUGAUUGAUGAGGACUUGAAAUGUAAAUACAGAGACUCUUAUGUAGCAGCGCUGAAAAACCCUGUCCCUUUUGAAAGGAGAGGUGUGGACCUCCUGGGUGCCUUGGAGGAGGUUGGACUGUGUGAAGAGGGCAAAGUAAGACCCAGAAGGCCUUUUGAAGUCCAAAAAGACCAUCUAUGUAACGUCUUGAACUACUGCCAAGAACCCGUGGUGAGCAAUGAAUCCUGUGAGAGCACAAGAUGCCACUCUCCAUCUAGCUGUGAAUCAGAAACCCCAAUGAAGGAAUCAGCUGUGAUUUUAAAACCAUUCUCUGGAUCGAGCCCCAGUGACACUAAACUAAUUCCUCACCAGUCUGGACAUGCUUUUUGUCAGCGUCUCGGAUCAGAUUUGCACUCUGCAACAUCUGAGGGUGGUUUGAAGCCACAACAGAAAGGGCAGGUUGUAAAACCAUCAGGACAACACAAAGUUAAAGUGAGAUCUUUGUCUGCUUUGUCCGACACCCCGACGGGGAGCCCCGCUCUGCACAAAAUCAUCAACAGAAGCCACAGUGAUGUUUGCCCCGAAACAGUAACCAGCAUAAUGCAGCAUGAAAAUGGGGCAGUAGGAGAACAAGAGGCUGCAAGAGUGGAAGGACUAAAGUACUUGAAGAAAGAAACAGAUUCAAGCAGAGUUGAGCUUCCAUUCAGCAUAAAUGAAGUAAGCUCAAAAUCUUUAAACGUAAAGGUGGACAAACGAUCUUCUGCAACAAGUUCUGGCUGUCAGCAGGGCUCACAAACAGAGGAAUCCUGCUUCAGGAAGGUCAGCAGUUUGCUGGAACUGGGCAUUAUUUGUUUACCAGGCAGCAGGGACAGGAAUGGCAGGGCGGUGGUCGAGGUCCAUGGUGACAGGAAGGAGUGGAUGUCCCCUUUUGUGUCAGCGGAGAGCAUUUGUGAAUUGCUUCUGUACUUACAGUCCAUACCGAGAAAAGAUGUCCGAGAACUGGGAAUGACGCUGGUGAUUAACGGCAGGAAGAAGCCGCCUCCGCUCCACCUCUACAAGGCACUACUGAUGGCACAGGAGCAAGCUCUCCACGCUGUCCACAGUAUUAUCAUGUUGAUCGAUAAGGACAGCUGUCCCCGGCCGGAGAAGCAGCCAGGUCUGCAGAUGGAUAUUGUUACUUCCAUAAGAGCCCUGAAUAAGACGGUGGAAGCCCCCCAGCUGACCUCUGACCUGGGAGGGACGUUUACUUACAGUCACAAGGACUGGCUGCAGUUCCAUCAGAAACUUGUACCUUUCAUGGAAAACCUGCGAGGGGCGAACAGUUUGUUGCAAAAGGCGAUCAAGAGAGUGGACAGCAGAAAACAAAUGGACUCUGCCCAGGAAGUUCAAGAAAGCAUUCGGGAGCAAAAGGUCCUAAUGAAGGAGGUUCUGGAAGAUGCUAGACUGGUAACUCUGCAAAAGGAAGGAGGAACGUUGCUGGCAAGGAUGAGGAAAGAGGAAUUCAGAUUUCCACAGUCUGAGGACUACAGAGAUGCUUUGGAGUUAGCAACGAGUCUUUACGACCAAGUUGAGGAGAAACUCCACAUGUUGGUGAUGAGAUCAAAUGAGUCACUGCAGCACCUGGAAGUCUUGCUCCGGCACAGAGAGAUCGAGGCCAAAAUCAUCUCGGAGGGAUUGUGGUUCAGUACAGAGGGGGAACAGAUGCUGAAGAACUCUUACGCAACAGAUGAGACACUGGUGGGCAGGGAGAAAGCCUCACAAGACUUUAAUGUGUUUCUCACUAAACUCAAGGACAAACAGCAGCAUGCCUUGAAACUCGUCACAGAGGCGGUGAAGAUUGUUGGCCCCGGUAACUCAAGUCCUGCUGCUGAGAUAUUUCUGACCCUCGUCGGCACUUUCAAAUCCAACGUGGAAGACUUCAGGUUGCGGGCAGAACAGAGGCAGAAAGAUUUAGUGUUGAUGGUGCACAUGUACAGAUUUUGUGAACAGGCAACGGCCUGGGCCAAAGAAGGUAGUAAACUUCUGGAGCAGGUAGAAGAGGGAUGUUGCUCUGCUCAGACUCUAAACAUGCUCCAAAUGCACAAGGAGAGAUUAGCUGGUGAAUUUUCCACCACACAGUUCCAGGCCCUGAGAGCUAAGGCCUCUGCUAUGGGAGCAGAGGCCUCUGGGAUGCUGAGAGUGUGGAAUGCAGCCUGGGUCCAGAGCCAAGAAGUCAAGCGGCGUCUGGAGGAGUUGCAGAAGAAGUUUAAAGGCGUAGAUAAGAACCAGGCCCAGGCGAGCACAGCUGCAAACCCUCUAAGGGAACACGGCGAAAUGGAGAGGGAGGGGAAAAGGGGUGAGCUGGGGGAGGCUCAGAGCUCUCAGGUCCCACAAACUCAUGCAGAGGCUGUCAGUGGUGCAGAAUGUGGAAGACAAAACACCUCUGCAGUAUGCUUCAAGCACAACUUUGAGUCUGACUCCAGAAUCAAGAAAGAACUUCCUGAAACAAAAUCUGAAAGCUCUCCUCUUUCGCCCCAAACGGAUGGCUUUAAUACAGAAGGCAAAUGCCAGCCAAAAGAACACCACAGUGUUGUAGAUCUGAGCGGUGCAGGCGCUCCAAAGAAGGAUUUUCCUUCCCACCAAACUUUGGGUCGGUCUCUAAGCGAGGGCUCUUAUGAGAUGAUCAUCUCUGGCUUUUUGCCUCUAAGUCACAAACACUGUCACAGCAGGAAACACUCCCUGGAUCAAAAUCUGCAGCCCACCCAAAAGCUGGAUGUUCCCCAUCAUGACGAGGGCUCACGGCCUGUAAACCUGAGCUGCGAGUCGAAAAGAAGCUGUGAUCAGGGGGAGGGUAAAGACGAUACGACCUCCACCCUGAGCCCCCAGGAUUCAAGAAGUUCAGAGACAUUACUCACUCCAACAGAAAACAAUGACAGCAACAUUUUGAAAGUCCAGAAGAUCUUGGAGGAGCUACUGUCCACAGAGCGGGAGUAUGUCAAAGCUCUGGGUUAUGUCCGAGAGAACUAUUUUCCAGAGCUGGAGAGAGCAGACGUCCCUCAGGAUCUCCGGGGCCAGAGGGGCAGCAUUUUUGGGAACUUGGAAAACCUCCAUGACUUUCACCGUCACUAUUUCUUAGAUGAACUGGAGAGCUGCGUGAAGGAACCCUUCAGAGUGGGACGCUGCUUUUUACGUCAUAGAGAGAGCUUUGCUUUAUAUGCCCUUUACAGCAAGAAUAAACCCCAGUCUGACCGUCUUCUUACCAAUCAUGGAAAAACUUUCUUUAAUCAAAAACAGCUGCAGCUGGGGGAUAAAAUGGACUUAUGGUCCUACUUGCUGAAGCCUGUGCAGCGCAUCAGUAAGUACAGUUUGCUGCUGCAGGACGUGAUGAGGGAGUGUGGACCAGAGCAAACGAGAGAGGUCGCUGAGAUCAAGGCAGCUCUGGAAGUCAUCCACUUCCAGCUCCGCCACGGCAACAACCUGCUGGCCAUGGACGCCAUCCGCCAGUGUGAUGUCAAUCUGAAAGAACAGGGUCAGCUGAUACGCCAGGAUGAGUUCUUGGUAACUUUCAGGAAGAAGAAAUGUCUCCGUCACAUUUUCCUCUUUCAAGACCUCGUUCUCUUCAGCAAGACCAGAAAGACGGAUGUGGGAAACGACACAUACGUCUACAAACAGUCCUUCAAGACGUCUGAUAUUGGAAUGACGCAGAACUGCGGUGACAGCGGCUUGUGUUUCGAAAUCUGGUUCAGAAAGAGGAAAAGCCAGGACACAUACACACUGCAAGCUGCGAGCCGGGAAGUGAAGGAGGCUUGGACCAAAGACCUGGAGCGGAUCCUGUGGGAGCAGGCCAUACACAACAGGGAGGUCCGUAUGCAGGAGAGAGUGUUCUUGGGUAUUGGAAACAAGCCCUUCAUGGACAUCCAGCCCAGUGAAGCAGCUAUCAGUGACCGGGCCAUAAACUAUGUUCUGAUAGGGAGAGAAAGCAAGGUGCUGUCCUCCUUGGGGUCAUGCAGUUCCCAGGGUGGGCCUCUGGAGAAAAGACCAAAAUCUGUAGGUUCAGGCAGCAGCUCUUCCUCCUCCUCCUCUGGCCGGGGUUCCAUGUCCCCUGUUGGAUUUGUUGGUGGCCCAAAGCGACGGGUAGUCUCAGGUGGACUCGUGGGAUACGUUUCGCCCCAUGGAGCUCUAGAGGAGGAUGAUAUGGACCAUGAGUGUGGAAAUCAGAACUUACUAUUGGACAGCUCGGAGUCGUCGGGAGAGAGCGUGAGUGGUUUCAGCAGUUGCAGUCACAGCUGCCGCUCUGCUGCAGGAGAGGUGGAGGACAACUCCUCUGUCUGUGCCUCGAUCAUCACCAUGAAAGAGGCCGGCGCUGCUCAUUCCCCUGAAGCCUCGUCGGUCUUCCAAUGCCCAAACACCGUUCAGGGAUUAGCAGUGAAAAACCCAUCGGCAGUAGCAGCCAAGCUGAAACUGAAACAGCAGCAUCAGAACAAGGAUCUGCCUGGCAGCAAGGCUGAGAGCACAAACGCUGGAAAGUCUACGGAGGUCUGAUUUGUGAGCUGUGGUGCAGUAUAGAAGCUCAUCAUUCCUGAAGAAGUUGUUUUGCUACAUUCCAUGUGCCUCGGAUGUCGGAUCAAGGAAAAACUUUACACUCAAUUUCAAGUAAAAAAACAAACAGUGAGAACUGCUAAUUAUUGUAUUCAGUGAUCAGGCUAAUUACUAUUAGUGUAAAUGAUGGCAAGUAAUUUUUAGUAUUUUAUUAAUUCAAGUACUAAAUAGGCACAUUAAAUUACAGAUACUGGACAAUACUAUAUAUCCCAUUGAUUUAACCACAGACCAUUAGGUGCAAAUAAUUCAUUUAUUGGAGCAGCUUUUAAUACAUUUUAUAAAUGUAGUGCCAUUUUGGAUUUUGAGCUUGGGUUGGUCUGUAACCUCUAGUAUUUGAGUUCAAAGUUCAACUUCAGGGGGUAUUCCAGUUGAGCUUUCAUGCCGGAUCCUGAAAUUCUGGCCUCCUAUUCUAAGUGGAGCACACCAUUAAUUCCAGCUGUUUCUAUAUUCUUUUACCAGCUUGUAAAUAUAUUUUUUGAAAACACUUUACCACUAAACCAAUCACCUGGAAAUGUUUAAAAAAUUAUCUAUAUCAUACACUUUAGGCAGAAAUCCAUUGUAUUUUGAAAUGCAUACUUAGUACUGCUUAAUGUGAUUUCUGGUUGUUCUAAUUAGAUUGGGUAAUUUUUCAAAGAUAAGAUAAUAAAAAUACUAGAGUCAGGUAAUCCUAAUGCAGUCCUGGAAUUAAGUGCACAGUGGCUUAAAAACAAGUCAUACAUAAGGUUGUGUUUAUGUUAUACAUCUUGUGACCUGAAAACAGUGUUUAAUAUUUCAUAAUUGCAAAAGAUGUUUUCAUUUGAAUUUUUUUUCAGUUUUUUUUUUAUUUCCAGCCCAUUAAAAACUGCAAACUGGUAGUUCUAGUGAAUAAUAAGAAAUAUGUUGGCUUUUUGUAUCACUAAAGAUUCAUACAAUGUUAUUUGUUUUUACAUUUUUUUGUAAUAAAGACACUUUUUUCUCUA